AGAGGCGGAGCCUCCGUCGGCCCCGCCCAGGAGGCGGCCCCGCCCCCAGGAGCGCGAACGCCGGCCGGCUCCUCUAGCUGCACGGGCCGUUCCAGUCGCCUCCUCCCCGCCGGCCCACCAGUGGUUUUAGAGUUCGAAGCGCAGCUGCCUCAGGUGUUCCAGAGUGGUCCUUCGAUCUCCACCUGCCAGCCUGCCUUCCCAGGGCCUCAGACUGACACCCAACCGUUACGGAGAUAUAUUCUGGGAGAACCUUACCCAAAGACCCAGGUGAGUAGAGAAAAAGAAAAUGGAGACUAACUGGAAUAAGGAAGAUGAGGGUAUGCAGUUUUUACCUACCAUAUGUCUUUAUGGGAAUAAGCCCUAGUCUGGGGAUAAUUACCCACUUGCUGAUUGACACCAUAGCUUCUAAUGCCAGACAUGUUGUUGGGAGAGGUCAUCGAGAAACAGUAUGGAUGGGUUAUCCCCUCUGACUCUGGCCCCUUUUUUGUGCUUCACAGCCGUGUCUGGAUGGAAGAACAAUACAUCCCAUCCAUGCUGAGAGCCACCGGUUGCUCCCAGCUUGGCUCAUGCCCUCCUCCUGAAGGGCUCCCACCCCCUGAGAUGCUUUGCAGAAGAAGGAGGAGGCCCCGAUUGGACAGAAUGCAGCAAGGACCUGGGGGCAUCCCAGCCCGGGUGAGAGCUGUUGCUUAUCACCUGGAGGACUUGAGGAGGCGCCAGAGAACCAUCAAUGAAAUAAAGAAGGCCCAGUGGGGCAUCUCUGAGGCUGCACCUGAGCCACUGGUAGUUCCCGAAGGGGGCUGCGGAUUCCUCAGCACCAGUCAAUACCCUGAUCUGGAAAAGGAGAAGGCAACCUAUCCACAGGAAGAGGACCAUUUUAUCAUUCCUGGUAGGGCUCAGCUGCUUUGGUCUCCCUGGAGUCCCCUGGGCCAGGAGGGGGCUUGCGCCUCCAGGCAGCAGAGCUCUCUGGUCUACAGCACUGUCACGGCCAGGAGGAACCCUGUUUGCAAUCCCUGGGGGAUGGAGUUCGAGUCUGAGGAAUAAGGAAAAACCAUCCCAAGACGCCAGUGCUGCUUUAAGGGCCCAAGACCUGUUCCGGAACUGCCCCACUCUUAGCACCGAAGAAGUUCCCACUCCUUUGCCUCUCCAACUGCUUAUUCCAUCCACCCGGGUAGGCAGUCACAGCCCUUGGGCUCCCACCUCAUUCUCCCCUCUCACAGGAACUCCCCGCUUCUGGCCUUGUGUUAGUUUCUGUGUUUUCUGUUAUUAAAGAACAAGCA